GCAGGCUUCGAAACUUUUGUUUAUGUGUGUUUAAUGCAAGGUUGUACGUCAUUUUUAACGAUUUUGACAUCUGUUACAGACAGGCUCGCCUGAGACAACACGGUCACCAUGUCAUCUCCAGACGGACUGCAGUCGGACUUCUUGGCCAGGUGGAUGCCCAGUAGCGCCAGAGCCGGCGUGAUCCUCAGCCCCUGCCCGGAUUUGGCUGCUUCUUUACGACACAUCCCUCCCUCACUGGGACCGAACGACUCCUUCACCUCCGACUUCGCCCCUCUGCCGGCCUCCGUAGACAGCAGCUGCGUCGAUGUGGAUGGCUCUGGAGGAGCCAGACCUGGAACUGAUGGAGAAAUAGAAAGUCCAGGGGAGAUGGCAACAGAAACGCAGGAUCUGACUGUGAUGAUGAAGCUAGACCAGUUAAGGAAGUGGCAACAGCACAUGCAAGAGGAGCUUAAAGCUCAUCAGUUGGAGGAGCUGCUUUGUCUCCAGGAGGAACAGCAAAGGCUGCUGGGAAUGAUAAAUGGAUCCCAACACUGCACAGAAAAUCACACAGAGAGUUCAGGGCUGCCAGGAGCAGACUGGGGUGAAGACACACUCCAAGCAGCCUCUUAUCACAGAGGAAGUUUACACAACCCUAUCAUUAACCACCAUGGACAGACACAGGGCUCCACCUGUGGCCUCCAACAGGAACAAGAAGUCAUAUCGACAGAAAGACAACAAUGUCUAUCUAGAGGUCACAACACUGAGGUGGAGGACAGUGAGGAAGAAGGUUUGUGGAAUUCUAGAGAUGAUGGGCAGGAUCAGGAUGUUGAUGCCACAUUAAUACCUCACUAUGGUGCUGCUUUGGUUGAAGACAGUGACAGACGAGAUGAUAAUACAUUGCAUGACAGACCUAUAAAGCCAGGAAUUGGUGGUCAGAAGCAGACGUUUGAGGAGUUGCUGGAGGAACAGCUGAGGCUUGAGGAGCAGAGGCUGAAAUCCAUCAAACAGCAACAGCAGAGCGCAGAUUCCAUUCCUAAAAGGGCCUUUCUGAAGCGGGGAGAGGGUCUUUCAAGAUUUACCAAUCGUAAGCCUGCCGCUAUCUCAAAAGGAGCCACAAAUGGCACCCACAGGCUUCCUGUACAACGUAAAAUCGCCAUACUCAACAAAGAAAACAGGCUUAAAGGCUGUUCUUCACCACCUCAGGGCAUCAGAGUUGAGAGCAAGGCAGCACGGACAAAGAUUUUGGGUAUCCACCAAAGACGGAACACAGAAGAGUCUGCCCAAACCUACACAGAAGGCAGGCAGACCAAACGAUACCCAGCACAUCAAUCAGGGCCGGGAGAGGAGCAGAAUAGCAGGAAAGUUGGUUCAGCAGUUGAGAUUGUGAAGCAAACUGGGUCUCACAGCAUGGAGCCAAAUCCAGUGAGUGUGUUAGAAGGGACUAGAAAGACUGAGAGUAUUCUCAUCAGAAAGAAAAGCUCGGAUUCAGGAGUGGAAUCCCCCGAGGGAGAAAAAGAAGAAGCAGGAUUUCCACAGGACUCGUUUGAGCUCCAGGAAAAGCUCUGGCGUGAGUGUAACUGGCGCCUGGAAAGUAUGGAGCAGGGAGAGUUCGAGCUCCUGGAGCAAGCGGCUGAAGAAUUAUCCUUCUCAUCCAACUCCUCCUUUGUCAUGAAGGUUCUUCAAAUGGACCGGGAGCUGCAGGUCGCCAAGGGACGCCAUCAGCGACGCCUCUCCUCCACUCCUAUUAAAUCACCUCCAAGAGAUGCACCUCAGAGGCACAGCAGUAGUACGGCAUGUAAUGAGAUCUGCAGCAGCUCUGAGGACUCGGACUCUCAGAUCAGAGACGGUAUGCUGAAGUCUAAAGUGGGCUUUAACGAUAAAAAACAACAGGACAGAGAGAGAAACGACAGACACGAUCAUUCUAACAUUUCAUCCUGUGGUGAAUCUGAGUUUGAAGACCAGAAUGCAGCUGUAAAUUCACCGUCCGUUCCCAGCACUCUUUGCUUCCCUGUACAGUCUAAUCCUCCAUAUGACAAGCGGUCGUAUCAAGAUGAUGACAGUUGCAGGGAUUCAGCUUCAGAUGUGACUCAAGGCGAUGACGCUGAAAGUGACGGCGUCCUCAGCAACACUGACAAUGACACUCUGACAGAGGGCAAUGAUGGGCAGCAGGGGAGAAUCGUGUUUGACGACGACGACACGUGGAAUGACCUGGAGGAGGCCGCCGGCACCAGCUGUGACAGCAGAGGAGUCGUCUCCAAGGCAACAGGCAGCGGAAGCUCACCACCAGAGCGCACUCUGCUGAGGAAGGUGGCAGUGAGCAAAGUUGUGGGGACGGUCACUUUAACCAAUCAGGAGCCAGAUCCUCUGCCACCUCCUCCCACCUCUCAGCUUAUGACAAAGUUGUUCCCAUCACUGAAGCCGAAGGUGCAGAAUACACCUGUCACUGUUUCCUCAGCAGCUGGAGAGUCCCGAAAAGCAGAGGAGGAAGCAGGUCAGCAUGUCCAAUCGCAACAGCUGAGACAGAGAUUGGUGGAACUGGAGAUUGAAAUUGAACGUUUUAAGAAGGAGAACGCCGCCCUCUGCAAACUCAGACAAGAAAAUGAGAAACACCAGGAAAGUCUGAGAAAAGAGCGUUUGGAGUUCGAGCAGAUGAGGACAGAGGAACUUUCCAAGUUUGAGGAGUACAAGAAAGAGGAAAACAGGAAGCUGCAGAAGGAGCGCAAACUGUUUGAGAAACAUGUGUCAGCUGCCAGAGCUAUUCCCGACAAGAAGGAAAGAGAGGAGAUCCAGAUGUUGAAGCAGCAGCUGAGUUCCCUGCAGGAGGAGCUGAAGAGGAGGGAGAGCCGCUGGGCCUCCACCCACAGCCGCCUCCGCCAGCAGAUCGACACCCUGAACCAGGACAACCGCUCACUGCGGGACGAGGUUUGUAUGUUGGAAAAACUUCGCCUUAGUACUUGGAGGAAAACCUCUAUGGAUGCAGAAAAAGACAAAGAGGGCAGAGACAAGACGUCUGUGAUCAAAGGAGUCAAAUUUGCUAGUCCUCUUGCCUCCAGAAGCAGUGGUACCAGCCCCCCACAGAUCAGCACUGCUGCAGUCCCUAAAGGGAGUGGCAGGGAGAACGGCCAAGGUGCUGCAGGGUCACUGAGCACAGGAAUGAAGAGCAGCCUGCGGAAGCCUGCAGGGUCAGACUCCUCCUCCGUGCCCGUUAAGAGGAUAGAGGAGAAGUCAACACCAUCCGCCAAGACCGAGGAAAACCCAAACCAGGACUCCUCCCUCAGCAGUUCUCCAAAAACAGACUCUGACAGUUGUGAGGUGACAGAAUUGGAAUCAGUUCAGGAGGUGAUCACACACCCUGAUGGGAAGGUGGAGAAGGUUCUGUCAGGUGGCAGUCGCCUUAUCAUCUUCCCCAAUGGGACAAGGAAGGAGGUUUCAGCAGAUGGACUGACAAUGAAGGUCACCUUCUUCAACGGAGACACCAAACAGAUCACAGCCGACCAAAGAGUGAUCUACUUCUACUCUGGCACCAAGACCACACACAUCACCUACCCAGACGGCAUGGAGGUCCUGCACUUCCCCAACAACCAGACGGAAAAACAUUUUCCAGACGGACGCAAGGAGAUCACCUACCCAGACCAGACGGUGAAGAACCUGUUCCCCAACGGCCAAGAGGAGAGCGUACUGUCAGACGGGACCGUCAUACAGGUCAACCCGGACGGCAGUAAGGAGAUCCACUUCAACACGGGGCAGAAGGAGAUCCACACCCCAGACUACAAGAGUAGGGAGUAUCCAGACGGCACCGUGAAGACUGUCUACUCUGACGGCAGACAGGAAACCCACUACCCCACUGGACGAGUCAGGGUUAAAGACAAAGACGGAAACGUCAUCCUGGACAACAGGGCGUAGCAGGCAAUCUCUGAAUAUGACUGGUACUUUACAUGGAGGUCAAAGGUCAGAUGAUGGGGAUUUGGUGCUUUCCGCCUUUAGCUCAGUUCUCAGUACUUGAACCUGUUGGCCUUAUCAGAGGUAAAGCUGCAGCUCAACACCCACAGCUAACGUCAGGAGUCUAUCAAUUCUGACCCUUAGUCACAUGACUCUAACAUGGGAGAGCAAAUUAAUCUUAAGACAUUUGCUCUCUCGUGUUAGAGUCGUGACUAAGGGACCUUCCAGAUGAAUAUCUAUUAAAGACAAAGCUUUUAUUUAUUCAUGUUUUAACUGAACUCAGACUGAAAAAGACUUUAAAAAUGUGUACACUUUAGCUGGAAAAACUAAAGAAACCUCAAGAAACUAAAUACAGUCACUCACAUGUUCUAGUGUGUGAAAUGUUUAUGGUUUUUGUUGUCUGCAUUAAUUUUAAUUUGUAAAAAUGUUAAAUAGAUAUUUAUUCUCUCCACUGAAUGUUUUUGUAAAAUAAAUGUUUUUUAAAUCAA